ACACGCGCCAGCGCCAGUCAAGCUAUCUUAUCUCAUUCCUUCCCAACGGAUUCAGAGGCUCACAGUUCUAGCCUCUCCCAUGGCCAAAGUAAACGUCGACUCCGACUACCUCAAGGAAAUCGAUAAAGCUCGCCGCCAUCUCCGCGCUCUCAUUUCCAACAAGAACUGCGCCCCUAUUAUGCUCCGAUUGGCGUGGCAUGAUGCUGGGACGUAUGAUGUUAAUUCAAGGACUGGAGGUCCUAAUGGUUCGAUUAGAAAUGAAGAAGAGUACACUCAUGGUGCUAACAAUGGCCUUAAGAUAGCGCUCGAGUUUUGCGAGCAAGUGAAGGCUAAAUGCCCUAAAAUUACAUAUGCAGAUCUGUAUCAGCUUGCUGGUGUUGUUGCUGUUGAAGUCACUGGGGGACCCACCAUUAGCUUUUCUCCUGGUAGAAAGGAUUCAAAGAUCAGUCCAAGGGAAGGGCGGCUUCCAGAUGCUAAAAGAGGUGCACCGCAUCUGAGGGAGGUGUUCUACAGGAUGGGUUUAUCUGAUAAAGACAUAGUGGCGCUAUCUGGUGGCCACACCUUGGGGAGGGCACAUCCAGAAAGAUCAGGCUUUGACGGCCCCUGGACUAAGGAGCCACUAAAGUUUGAUAAUUCAUAUUUUCAGGAACUACUUACGGGGGAAAGCGAGGGCUUGCUAAAACUUCCAACUGAUUUGGCUUUGCUUGAAGAUCAAGAGUUUAGGCGUUAUGUUGAACUCUAUGCAAAGGAUGAAGAUGCCUUCUUCAAAGACUAUGCCGAGUCACAUAAGAAACUUUCUGAAUUAGGAUUCACCCCACCUUCCGGCACUGCAAAGGCAAUUGUGAAAGAUGGCACUAUAUUGGCACAGGGUGCCGUUGGAGUUGCGGUUGCGGCUACUGUGGUGAUUCUGAGCUACUUUUACGAAGUGAAGAGAAGGAUGAAGUAAUUUGAUGAAUAACAUGCAAUGAUGCCUUAGCAAUUUGUUUCAUUGCAUUUUCAAAUCAAGGUAGGGAGACUACAAUCCUCUACCCAGAUAUUACUGCUGCUACUGCAUUUUUACUCAAAAUAGACAACAACUAUGGAAUACAACCUUAUUCUUCA